CCAGCAGCCGCUGCACAGACUCAAAGCCCCGCGGGCGAGCGCAGCAGCCGGCAGCGUCCGGCCCGUAGCCCCGCCGCCUCUCCGCCCAGCCCCCGCGAUGCGCCCCGGCCUGUGAUCAGCCGCCGACCCUGGGACGCUCCGCCGCACAACUACCUCAGCGCCACCGCGCCCACAGCACCGCCCUCGCCCCCAGGUUUCUGCACUGCCAUAGGGCGCCCCCCUGAGGCGGCUUCACUCCCCCACCAUGUUCCAGCGUCUCACCAGCCUCUUCUUCAGCAACCCCCCGCCCACUGAGGACCCCGACUGCCCCCGAGCCUACGUCUCUGAGGAGGAUGAAGUGGAUGGCUGGCUCAUCAUUGAUCUGCCGGAUAGCUACGCGGCUCCACCCAGCCCCGGGGCCGCCCCUGCCCCCGCAGGCCGCCCUCCGCCCGCGCCCUCCUUGAUGGACGAGAGCUGGUUUGUUACCCCUCCCGCCUGUUUUACUGCAGAGGGGCCGGGACUCGGGCCCGCCCGCCUCCAGAGCAGCCCCCUGGAGGACCUCCUCAUCGAGCACCCCAGCAUGUCCGUUUACGUCACCGGCAGCACCAUAGUGCUGGAACCUGGGCCCCCUUCCCCGCACCCCGACGCUGCCCUGCCUGACGGUGACCUUAGCGAUGGGGAGUUGGCGCCCGCGCGCCGCGAGCCCCGGGCCCUGCACCACGCUGCCGCCCCUCUGCCGGCGCGGGCUGCACUGCUGGAGAAGGCGGGCCAGGCGCGGCGGCUGCAGCGGGCCCGGCAGCGGGCCGAGCGCCACGCGUUGAGCGCCAAGGUGGUGCAACGGCAGAACCGCGCCCGCGAGAGCCGUCCGCGCCGGCCCAAGCACCAGGGCAGCUUCGUCUACCAGCCGUGCCAGCGCCAGUUCAACUACUGAGCGUCCGCUGGCCGCACCACAAACCCCUCGCCGACACCUGACCCCUGUCGGGCCCCUCCGCCGCAGCCGGUGUGCUGCUCGAGGGGCGCCCGAGGCCCGCCUCAGGCUGGACACCACAACCUCCCUCCUUCUUAAGUGUGUGAGGUGGGGUGAUAGCCCCCCUCCCCCCUCUCCCUAAAUUUCCCCAUCUCUGAUCCUCUAAUCCGCCUCUGAACCCCCUCGCGCCCUUCCCCCUCCCUCCUCCGGCCACCAUAUCCAGCAUCUAAUCCUCCAUUUCCCCUGCAUCCCGAUCUCUGCCCUGACAUUCCCCUUCAUCCUUGCCCUCCAGUCCUCUACCUCUGGCCCACUCCUGUUUCUGAGAGUCUCUUCUUCCAGUCCCAAAUAUGGCUCCUUCCCCACCUUCAACUCCCACUUUAUGAGCCUCACCCUAUCUCAUGUUUGGCACUACACUCAUUCCUGCUCCCUUAUUAUUCAUUCCCAGUAAUUCCCUCCCAAAUGGAUGGGUGGGGGGGAGCACUCAGACUAAAGGGUUCUGCCUUUAGUCUCCCCCUUCCCUCUCCCCUGGGGGCUGGGCUCCUUGGAGUUGCUUAGGCAUGGAAAGGUAAAGUAUGUGGAAGAUGACUGUGAGAUGUGAGUUAGAGAGGGAAGGUGGAAGGAAUCAAGGGAAAGAGGCAGCCUACCCGAGAUGUAGACAGGACAAGACAGGUUGAGAUGCUGUAGGGAACAGGGCACCAUGGGAGCUUGCACUGUGCUUGCUCUGAGAUGCCAAGCCCUGCUCUCAGGCUAAAGCCUGGAGUUUUCCCCCACUUCCCUUUCCUAUAAUUCUACCUCCCAAAUCUCUUCCUGAAACCCAACCUUCUGCAGGCCCCCAAGUCUGAAGGGCUUAGUUAGUACCUUGCCGCCCUAUCCCAACAUGUCAUCUCAGGAGUAGAGGCUGGGCAAGGCCCUGCUAUCCCAGCCAUCUGUUCACAUGCCCAAGGUGCUAGAACUAGCUUAGGAGAGAUGCAGGUCAGAGGGCUUCUAGGCAGGGGAUGUGCAUACCCCAGAAUAAGAAUGUAGAGGAAUGAUGCUGUGGGGGUGAAGCCAUCCCGAGACUGACAGCUCAGCCUUCAUCUUGCCUCUGGCCUUGUAUUUCCCACCCUGCCCAGGAUGGCUAAUAAACAUUCCUGGGUAGGAGGCCUGGAGCCCCACUGUCCCAAAUAGUCCAUAUCCAGGUUCAGGGCCUUCAGGGGGCCUCUCCUCAUUUUGUCCCCCUGGGCUCUCUUCCUUUCUAGGCUGUGGGAGAAAUGGGUACCUUAUCGUUCCCCUCCCCUUCUCUUCCAGUAAGUACCUGGAGAAGGGAACCUGAAUCCCUGGGUGAGACAGAGGGGACAGGGGCAGCCAGCUUUCCCUUUCUUGUGGUGAGACUGAAUUUUGGGCUCAGACACCAGCAACAGCCUCCUGGGAUGCCCCGAAUUGCUUUUUCCUCUUUCUAACUGUCUUUUUCUAGUGUGUGCUCUUUCUUCCUUGAAACUUUUAAGAUUUCCUGUUACAUACUAACAUAGGUCUUCCCCCUUACCCCAAGUCCAGGUUUCCAGGCCUCACAGCCAAGCUGAGGCUUGGAGAAAACUCUGCAAUCCCAUGAGGGUAAAGGCAGCUGCCCUCCCUGACCCUAUAGCCCCAAGCCUCAUGUGGGGUGUGUGGGCAAGGGAGGGAGUAGCCCCAUGAAUGCUGGGAUGGGGAGAGAGGAAGCCCUGUUGGAGUCUCCUAUCCAAGGGAGUAAGCCAGAUUUACACUAAAAGCAGAUCAAAGUCCCCAUGCCAGUCCACUAGGGCCCCCGUAGCUGACAACCUUGUCCUCUCCCUAAGGUUCUCCUUCAGCUAGGACCUAGUCACUUUUAUUCUUCCAGCUGCCCCUUGGUCACUUCACAGCCAGCUUAGGGUCUUCAGCACUUCCAAAAGCUGAAACUCCCUCCAAUUCUUCCUGCCUACUCCUUCGCUGCCAGCUGGGGCCUAGGCUCAGUCCUGGGCAGUGCCCAUGAUCUUUCUGGUGGGGGAAGAGUGAGAUAUAGGGCAUUCGGCUCAAAUUUCAGAAGGCCCCUCCCUUACCCAUAUUUCUAGAGGCUCCUGUAGUUCUAGAACUCUCCAAUCUCAUCACCUGGCUAGUUGCAAGGCUCAUCUGUUUUUGUACUUUCCUAUAGAUUCUGUAGCACUGAGUGUGGCAAUAUUUUAAUUGUGUAUAGAUUUCUCAGAACCAACACUACUCAGUCUCCAGCUAGUCUGACUCCUGAAGCAUCAGACCUCAUCAUACUGUAUUGACUGUGUAUGUGCCUUUCACCUUUAGCAUGCUUCAGGAUUUAUUUUAAACCACAGAACUUGAAUACAUGAGGGAACCAGAAUUCACAAAGUCCUAUGCAACCUUAGACAGGAGGGGGUUAGAGAGUCUGUCUUGACUGAUGUUUUCAGAGACCCUGGAGAAGUUUGUUCCAGUUUGUAUUAAUUAAUGUCAAUACUACCAGCACUUUGCCAAAACUGAGUAUGUCAGAGGGACUCCUGUUUUUAGAGUGAGUCCCAAUUAUAACAAAGGGCAACUUCCAGUAAUUCCCCAAUCUGUCUGAGUGCUCUCUUCAAGCUGGGUGUCACUAUUCAGCCUUUGCCAGUCUGGCCCCAGCAGGGUACCACGUGUGUAUGAAUGCAGUUUGCUGCUGUUUUGGAGUAUGCCUGCUCCCCAGACCCCGCCUGGAACCCUGAUCAAUUUGCUCUGACUCAUAAUGUCUUAGGUGCAACAAGGACCCCACCAGAGCUCUUGGAUGACUCCUCAGAUCCAUGUGGCUUUAUGUGAGGGGAUCGAAUGCAGACACAGCUUAGCCCCUUUUAUCUUCCCUCUUGCCCUGCCACCUAGUUCCAAAUGGAACCAACAAGUUGAGUGCAUCCCUCUUGGGUGUUUUGUGUUGAGAUUGGCUGAAAUGAGGAGAUUCUGGUUGACCAUGUUGUGAUGUGUCAACAGGCUCAAGGACACAACCACCUCAACCUGGUCAUGUGGCCUGCCUGUGUAUGUGUGUAACAGGCUUCUCAUUGUUAGAUUGUAAUGUUAUUCCUCUAUGGGAGAAAAAAAUUUAAUAUAAAGAAAAAUAAAAAUCUAUUUAAAGCA